CUUGUUUUCUCCAACGCUUCUACAUCCUUCACUCUCAAUCUUAUAGCCGUCUCUCUUUCGAAGACCAAAACAGCUUGUUUUGAUCAUCUAGGGUUUCCGUACCGCCAUGGAUUUCUCCACCCUUUCCAGAAGAGAGCUCCAGACUCUGUGCAAGAGGAACAAACUCCCAGCCAACCUCACCAAUGUCGCCAUGGCUGAUUCUCUCAAGAAUCUCGAACUCGUGGAAGGAAUUGAAGACUUGCUGAAUCAAUCUCCGCAGAAAACAAUGAAUGGUUCAUUAAGUAUCCCUCGUACUGCUGGAAGAACCUCUGUUCGAAGAAAGCCGAUCAUUGAAGAGCCAGAAAGCUCACAGACAUUGACCCGCAGUCACCGUGGGACAAGGCGAGCAGUUGCUGAAGAGGUGAUGGACCAGGAAAAGACUGAGGUGGUGCCUAGGACUCCUGCUGCACCAAGCACCCGGAGAAGGGCUCCUGCCACUUCAGCUUGCAAGAAGAUGGAAACCCAGAAGGAGACAGCUUCGGUGCAGAAGAGCGUGUAUAACACUAGGCGAUCCGUGAGGCUGCUGGAAAAGACCAUGGCUAGCUUGAGCUUGGGAUAUGAAAACACUAUGCCUCUGAAGAUGAAUGAACUUUCCACAGAAAUGAAUAAUGAUUCGGAGAAGACUGAUGAUGGCUCAGUUGAUGAGGGGUCUAGUAUGCAGACAGUAUCGGAGACAAGCUCAGAGAGAGUUGAUGUUUCUGAAGUAUCACUGGAGAAUGAAGGGCAGUUGAAAGGUGAUGUGGAGGAAAAUAGCAAGGCUGAUGUGAUUGAAGUAGAUGAUUUCGAGCAAAAAUCCGAAUCGGAAUCUGAGGUAUAUGAAUCAAAGUCAGCCUCAGAUGACAUUGUGGUUUCAGAAGUUAUGGAUGCAGCAUAUGACAAGAAACCUAAUGAUGAAGGAACAGAAAACUGUUUGGCUGCUAAAGUUUCUGAUGAUGUUUCUGCUGAGGACAUGGACCAUUUUAUUGCUGCUGAGAACCCGGAAGAUGAUAUCACUGCGGUGGAGGAUCAAAAUCUUGAGAAUGACGAUUCUGACUCGAAAUCUGCUGCUGGGGAGACUGAAGAAGUUAAGGAUGUGGCUAAUGUAGAAGAAGCUGCUAAGCCUAAGGCAUUGACUCUGAGCUUGUCCGGUGAACAGCAGCCUAUGCUUGGUGGCAAGGAAUCAAUGUAUGAGGUGCCAGAGGCUGAUUAUAACGAGAAAUUCGAUUUUGAAUCAGACUCUAUCAAGGACGGAGGUUCUGGAUCAGACUUCACUGAAGGAGCAUUUAGUGAAGAUGAAGCCACGGAUGAAAACUCACUUGAGUGUGAGGAAUUUGAAUCUUCGGAAGGAGAAGAAUUUGGUGAUGAAAGUUUGGUUGAUGCUAAUAAUGUGACUGAAGUAGCAGAAGUUGUCACCAGGGCAAAGAUGCAAGAGAUCAAUAACUCUAAAGUUGAUGUUUGUGCAAAAAGCGAUCCAGCUGUGGACAAAGCUCCAAUAUUGGCACCCUUUGAAGCUGAGCAGCUUUCACUUCAGUUUCCCCGUCCAACUUUCUCAAUACCCGGGAAGUCUCCAAGCAAGAAGCGAUCAGAAGUCAUGAGCUACAUCUUUGACGACAAUGAGGAGAACAUUGAUGAUGGCACUGACAACGGAGGAGUUGAGAUCAAGAGAGACGCGGAUGCCACUGACAAGGAUAGCGUGGCGAGCGAAUUGGAGGCUAAGAGUCUAAGGCAGCUAAGGAAAAUGCUGAAAAGUCAAUUAAGGAUCAAGACAGAAGAUCAGAUGCUAGAGAAGCCAAGAACUGCAUUGCAGGAAGUACCAGGGAACCAAAUGGUAGGCAGGUGGGAACUGAAACAGAAAUACAGACUGAGUGAUGGGAGAUAAUAGUCAUUUUACAUGAUGAUUUUUUUGGGGGUUUGCUUUACUUGAGAUUACUUUUGAGUAAUUAUGGGCAAUUGUAGCGGGAGAUUUUCAUAUCAAAUUGGAAUUUUGGAAUUUUUCUAGUCGUUCAACCUCCUCUUUUUCC